AUGAUGAAGAUAGCGGUCUUCGUACUCCUAACUACCGUAGCUUCGGCUUCAAUUACAACAUUGGGCUUGGAUUUCGGAAGUUUGUUGAAUAGAGCUGAUUCUUUGUUGGAGAGCUUCCCUGGACUGGCUGAUUCGACCAAGAACACCUUGAAGAAAGCCAAACAGGUGCAUCAGAAGCUGAACCCAGAAGACAAACAAGACUUCAGCCAAUUCUUCAAGUUUAUUGCUGAGUAAGUUUUCUCCAUAAGCGAAAGUAGUAAGCGUAUUACCGUACACAUAUGUUGUGUCAAAGUCUUUCUAUAGCUUGUUGCAUAUAUUUUUAUAUUGUUUUAGACAUGGCCGUGACUACCCUGAUGAAUCCACUAUUCGUACUCGCUUCUCCCACUUCCAGAACACUCUCCAGCAGAUUAGCCAACUCAACUCUCAACACAAACAUGCCACCUUUGGCAUCAACAAGUUCUCUGAUUUGUCUCCAGAAGAGUUCCUGAACCAGUUGGCUGGCACUAGGCCCGCCAAUGUCACAAAUGGCAUCCCGUACUCGACUUUGAAGUACUCGCGAGCUAAACGGUCAACUUCUGGAUGUAACUCUCCCUCCACCUUCGACUGGCGAGAUGAAGGUGCCUACACUGAGGUCAAGGACCAGGGAUCGUGUGGUGACUGCUACGUGUUCUCUUCUAUCGCUGCUGUCGAAGCUGUCUACAUCAUAGCCAACAACAUCAGCCAAGAGCUGAGUGAACAACAAACUCUGUCCUGUAACCCGGAUUCUGGAAACUACGGAUGUGACGGUGGAGUCGUCUCCUGGACUCUGGAUGCCAUUAUUUCUGCCGGGGUCGACUACGAAGAGGACUAUCCUUACACCAACGGUAACUCGACUGUGGCCGAAGCUUGUAUCGAAGGCAAAGCACGAUACCAGAGGAUCAGUACUUACACGUAUACGACUCAGUAUGAUGAAGUUGAACUAGUCAACGCUGUCUACAAACUCGGCCCAGCUAUUGUUGGUAAGUACUCAAACAGUAAUUAACAUAGUAUUACUAUAUUGAUAAGCUACUACAAUAUCAUAUUACUAUAAUAUUUUCAGUAAUUGACGCAACCAAUCUUCAAAGUUACCAAUCAGGAGUUCUGGAGCCAGUAGAACCUGAAGCCGGCUGGACCAUCAAUCACGGUGUGACCAUCUUUGGGUACGGUGAAGACGAUGACGUGCCGUUCUGGUCUAUCAAGAACUCCUGGGGCGCUGAUUGGGGAGAAUCUGGCUACUUCAGACUUCUUCGUGGCAACAACUCCUUGGACGUGGCCUGGCAACCCAUCAUCCCGAUUGUCUAA